AGAGCAUAUCCACUUUCUGUUUGUACUGUGUGUCCUCAUCCUGACAGCAUUCCGGGCUACAGUUUGUUCUAUCCCGUUGCUGUGUCCCACUGUGCAGACUGUAUCACCAGUUCUGUUUCUGUGGAGAUCGGGCAUGAGACACUGCCAUGGUCCUUGGAGCUGCUCUUCCUGGACUUGUGUUUUUAAUGGUGCAGAGGACCUGGGCACAGUAUGGACCACCACCCCAGCCUUCCAUCUGGGCAGUUCCAGGAGCUGUGGUUUCCAAAGGUAGUGAUGUGACCAUCUUCUGCAGGGUCCCUCCAGGAUUGACCACUGUUCUUCUAGUCCGUUUUGUACCCAGUACUUUUUCGCAUGAUGGUACCCCACAGGGAGCCCAGGAGGUGUUUGAAUUCAGUCUGAAGAAUAUAACACAAAGUAAUGCUGGGGUUUACUACUGUGACUACCUUAGGGGAACUAACUGGUCACGAAGUAGUGACAGUCUGGAGCUGGUGGUGACAGGUGAGUAACUGCCUAAGAACACUGUCCUUCAGGCUCAGUCUCUGAUCCAACCUAACUAACUACAUAUGCCCCAUCCAAGGCCCUGCUCUGCAUCUCUGCUCCAAUAUAGUGAUCUCUUCCCUUCUCUCUUCUCUCCUUUCCUCAUUUUCUUUUUAAUUUCCAUUUUUCUUGACAACUUGAUUUUCCUGAAAACUUGAUUUUCAGUUUUUUUGAGACAAGUUCUCACAUAUUUCAGACUGUCCUUGAACUUACUGUAUAACCAAGCAUAAUCUUGAAUUUAUGAUCUCUCUGCUUCUAUUCUCCUAGUGCUGGUGUUGUUGACCUGAUUUAUGACACCAUCCAUAUGCUGAUAGACAUAGAAUAUGGGGCACUGUGUAUAUUAGGUAAAUUAGGCAAGAACUUGACCAACUAAGAUUCAACCGAAGACCUUCUGCUUUGGUGUGUGAUCCUCAGUCUGUCCUGACCAUAUUGCAGCCUCUCUUCUGAGUGGUGAUCAUAUUGCCUAAGGGAUGGAGUUAACAGGAACUGACAGGGGCUUUCUGUCUAUGUAGAGCCGUUCUGUGGUGCUGGUUCAUAAAAAAUAAUACAAACAUGUUUUGUGAUCCCUAUAGAUUAGCAGUAGAUGAGUUUCCUCUUGUCUUCAUCUUUCUUUUCUCUGGUCAGACUCUGAACUGUAGGCUCAUUGUUAAUCAUGUUUUAAAUAACAGAGUUGUCCUGGCUAGUUUUGUGACAACUUGACACAAGCUAGAAUCAUUAG